GUUCUCGGCACCACCAAAUCAAAGCCUAUUUCCUGCCGAAGUAGAGGACCGAGUUGACAUUUGCCACGCGCGCAGGUGUCCACUCUCAGUCCUCGCCACCUUCACCCCGUUCCUCCACCGCUAAUGCCGCAAACCUCUUUGCAUCUGAAAGGCUUCUUGGCGCUGCGCCGACGCGGCAAACUCGCGCGUCUAGCACGUUCCCAAUCCUUCGAAGGACAUCGAACAGCAUCCUUGACAGGCUCCCGGCAGCGAUUUAGUAGCGUUCCACGGCGUUUCCAGCGCGUAACAGUGAACUCCAGCAGUUGCAACAAUGGGGAGAGUAAUUCUGGCAAAGCGUGGCGCGAAAUGGCGGCUCUAGGCGCCGCUAUGAGCGGUUUAGUGCUCGCCAGCGCAUCAUCGGAUCAGGAAUCAGAUGCCGCCAUGGAGAGCCAAAAUACUCAGAAAAUUAAACGCGGAGGUAACAUCCACGAUGACUACGAGAUCCUGGACGAGAUUGUGGGCGAAGGAGGCUACUGCGUCGUGCAGAAGGGCAUCGAUAGACGCACAGGAGAGCUAGUAGCCGUCAAGAUGCUCAGCAAGAGCGAGACCUCCGCUAGAGAAUUCUGGAGCGAAGUAGAUGUGCUCCGUGUGGCUGGACUACACCCGAAUAUCUUGCAGCUACGAGGCACCUACGAGACCGAUUGCUGCUGGUUUAUUGUCCAGGAAUUGGCUCAAGAUGGCGAAUUAUUCGACCAUUUGGUCGCCAAUGGAGCGUAUUCCGAACGACAGGCAAGCGAUACAAUUCGACAGCUUUGUGACGCGUUGCAAUAUCUGCAUCGCAAGGGGAUCGUGCAUGGAGAUAUCAAGCCUGAAAAUGUUUUACUGCACAAAGGCCGCAUGUGUCUAGUGGAUUUUGGUGUGUCAUUUCGCAUGGGUGAGCGCUUCUUCUACGAUUCCCAUUUAAUGGGGACAGUGGCGUACGCAGCACCGGAGACACUGGAGCAUGGCGCUCUGAUCCAUAGGAGGAAUACCAGGGACGCACUCAGGAGAGCUCGAGCCAAUGGAGAGGACGUACAGCUGGACGAAGAUGACGAGGACUUGGAUGCACAAGCAGGACCCGAUGCAAUCAAAUUCGGGCCCAAAUCCGACAUGUUUGCACUGGGAAUUGUGCUGUAUAUUCUGCUCUGUGGCUCACAUCCGUUUGAUACCUACAAUAACCUGUCUGAUGAAGAGAUCCGGAAACGUAUUCUUAAGGGCAAAUUUCGCACUCAGUCCCGUGCGUGGCACUCGAUCUCGUCAUCUGCUCGUGAUUUGAUCAAAAAACUGCUCGAGAUAGACUCAAACAAGCGACUGAGCGCGGAGCAGGCGCUACAGCACCCGUGGCUGCGCAACCAAAGUCAACUUAGCCACGAGCCAAUGAAAAACUCCGCCGAGCUGCUGGAAAAAUUCCAACGUGGACGGCGUCGUUUGCGUGCAAGUAUCUUGGCUGUUCUUCUGCUUGAUGCGAUGGCUGAAAACCUGGACGAGGACGAUAACAAAGAGCUGGAAAGUGUGAAACGCAGCUUUGCAUGGGGUCUCAGCUCCAGUGUUGAAGCAUUGAACGAAAAGACGAACGCGUUGCUGUCCACUCUGCACUUUUUCGACAAAGAAGGCAAGGGAUUUAUCUCCAAGAAAGACCUGGCACGUGUGAGCGAGAGUUUGGGCAAACACAUGAGCGACAACGAGCUGAAUGAGAUGCUGGUGGGAGCUACUGGAGACCCAGAGCAGAACAUUUCGUCUGUAGACGCUGUGGACUACGAUAACGUGAAAAUGAUGAUCUCUACAUUGCGAUCAGCCACCUACCGCCCAGGAGAGGCCAUCAUUCGAGAGGGACACGCAGGUGCUCACAACGUGUACUUGCUGUUGGAUGGUGAAGUUGAAGUCUCUUGCAAGAACCCGAUCAAAAAGUCCGUGGCAGCUAAUGAGACCGAUGAAGAGGCUCCGAUCACGAGUAGCUCGACAUAUGAACCCUCUGAAGACUUCGCUGGUUUACCGUCACGGCCGUCGUGGCCAGGUUUUAUCCAAACUCGCCCCACCACGUCAGGAAGCGACGAAAUGAAGCUCAGACGCUUACCCAAGGGAACAUUUUUCGGUGAGAUUGAGCUGGUACGUCCUGACGGGCGCUUCCUCCCACGUAUCGCUACAUACCGAUGUGCUGAAGGCAGCGACACGCCGUGCAAGGUGUUGCAAGUUGUGGCGGAUGAUUACUUGAACUUGAAGGGAACGUACGAGUCGAUCAACAACCGCCUUGAGAAGACCGCACAUCGUCAUAUCCGACAGCAUUUGAUCAAGUGCGUGGAAGCUGCCAAGGGGUCUGUGAAGAUGCGCACGUUUGAUACCGGAGACUUUAUCUACAAGGAAGGAGAACCGUGCGACUCGGUAUUCAUUCUGUUGGAUGGUCAAGUGGAAGUGCUUAAGGCGAUGGAAGGAGUGGUCGUGGAAGAGCUGCAUCCAGGCGACUAUUUCCCACUGGGGGUGUCUGGCCAAACGCGAGCCUGCAAGAUUGUUACGCGUCACUCAAGUGUGCGAUGUACACAGCCUGUGAAAGUGAUGGAGAUUGGCGGCGAGACUUUCCGCAGUUUCUUGAGCAGUAACAAGUUCCUGGCCGCGUAUUUCCGCGAAGAAGUGAUGACGCGAGAACAACAGCGACUUGAUCGACUUAUGACGGCGUAAGCGGAGACAAAAAAAAUGAAGAAGGAAUGUAAACAUUGAGGCUCGACUCGAAUCAAUCAGCGGUUGGCAGGCGGUUUACUGCCGGCAGGUUCAUUCGUCGCUUUUGUGUGGAGCCAGGUCGACUUGCUCCAGUUGUGCUAAUAGGUGUGGGUUGUGGGAACCCAGUGGUUAACGGAAGCGCGCGAUCAAUUGCUGUUAGAUCAUCGCGCGUCAACAAACUGGAGUGCACUUUGUGUGGAGAACAAGAGGGGUGAAUCCCAGUGAAUGGGUGUGCUAACGGACCGAAAAUCUCGCGCAGUGCUGCUUGCUCGUGUUGAUUGUCAGGCUGCAAGUCAUUGAAAACUUGUGGGAUGACAACGAGACCUUUUUGGAGUAAAUAACGCACAGCAAUUUGAAGCGAAGUUUGCAUCACCUUGGUGUUACCAAGUGCGUGGGAUUCCAUGUGAUAUGACGAUGCUGUACCUUCAUUCUCAUGAGCAACGAGGAAUUUAAACGGCCGUUCGCGAUAUUUUUCAGAUAGAUUCUCCGCCAGCAAUUUCCAUUCUUCAUAUAACUGGAGGUUAUCUAAACAAUAGAAGGGGAAUCGCCCCAGCACAUCGAUACCAUGGCUGUGAGCGAAUGCAAUGACGUCUUCAAGCGGUACAUCACUGUCCGAAGAAGCUGUCAUUCCUGGUAGUUGUAUCUCCAUCAACCAGGCUUGUGGUAUGCUAUUCGGGUAUGCGGUUAGUAAAAAGUCAACGUCUUGUACACUUAAGUCGCUGAUCCCAAUGUGCUGCACGAGCCCAGCUUGCUGGAUCGCCAUCAUGUGCUCCCACGCUUCUAGAACUGCUUGCUUACGAGCAAAUAAACCGUUUGUUCCUGGUAAAGAGUGUGCAUGAAGCAGCAACAAAUCCAGCUGCUGGAAUUGCAAAGUCAGAAGUGCUUGCUCCACACGCGCUGUGACUUCCUCAAGCUUGC